UAAGGCUUGGUGGCACUUCCUGCUAAAUAGUGUUACUUGGCAACCAGUGGGGAAGAGCGACCAGGCUGCAUUUUGGGGUAUGCGUUGUUGGGACUCGGAAGAAAAUUAGUAAAUCGUAAUGGGUUUUGGAGAGUAGAAAUCCCCUGUAGAAUCAGCUGAAAAGACUCCUGAUAUUCCCAGACCGUGAUGGACGAAGCCCUAGAAUUGACAGAGCUUCCGGCAAAGAAAGCUCGACACGAGUUGCUGGAUUCUGAAGAGCUUUCACCAAGGACAGAGGGGAUGCCAGAUACUCGCAGCCAGGUGGGUGGCGUGGAAUCUGCUGCUCACAAACCUGAACCUGCUAGCUUCCUGGACUCCAGCAUGACCCUUCUCAAUGAAGUUAAAAGAGAAGAGCCUGAUCCAGUGAGUCAAUCUGGGAGAGACUCGGCAGACCCAUACACAGAGGCGGGCUUUAACACAAAGACAUCGCAUGAAUAUACCUCACAACUGUACCAGACAAGCAAGUCAUACACGCACAUCCUUUCCCCAUCUGUAGCAGCACCGGCCAUCACAACGUACUCUGGACAGCCGCAGUACCCCGUCUCAUCUCAAUCUACCACUUACAAUGCCUACCCACAAGCCAGCCAGAACUACGGCCUACCUCCGUUCGGUGCCAUGUGGCCAGGUAUCAAGUCUGAGAGCGGCUUGUCUGAGGCUCCGUCUGUUGCACAGCCUGGUUUCCUCAGUUUCAGCACAGCGUUUACCUCAACCCAGCCUGCUCAAGCACAGUAUUCAUAUCCUGCCCAAGGUACCAGUUUCACAAGCGUUUAUUCCAGUAUCCCUGCUGGUACAGCAACGGCGACUGUGGGACAACAGGAAUACCCUAAUUACACCACCCUGGGCACAAACCAGUUCCCCCAGUAUUACGCAGCUCCAAGCUUUGUGCCAGGGGGUGUUGCAGACAGCAGUGCUGUCAGCGGUCUUGUCAAUACUGUAGCCUACCAGAGUGUGAAGGCAGAGAUUCCUGCUCCUGCUCCUGCUGGGCAGCCUCCAGCAACAGCAGACUCCUCAGCAGGGUCGCCUCUGUCUGCGGCUGGCAGAGACCCAGAGGAGACGGGCCACCGGAACAGCAGCGGGAAAUCAAAAGGGAAAGGGAAGAGAUCAGAUGCAUCCCAAACAGCCGAGAGUGACCUGGAGAGAGUGUUUCUGUGGGAUCUGGAUGAAACUAUUAUUGUUUUCCAUUCACUGCUCACCGGUUCCUUUGCACAAAAGUUUGGAAAGGACCCAGCCACAGCUCUUACACUCGGUCUGCAGAUGGAGGAGCUGAUCUUUGAGGUGGCAGACACACAUUUAUUCUUCAAUGACCUGGAGGAGUGUGAUCAGGUUCAUGUGGAGGAUGUUGCCUCUGAUGACAAUGGUCAGGAUCUAAGCAACUAUAAUUUCACUACGGAUGGCUUUAGCAGUUCUGGCAGUGGCGCGGGCCCCUGCUCGGGAGCGGGCGUGCAGGGAGGGGCGGAGUGGAUGAGGAAGCUGGCUUUCCGAUACCGCCGCCUGAAGCAGAUCUACAACACCUACAAAGGCAACAUUGGGGGACUCCUCAGUCCGAUGAAAGGGGAUUUACUGGGUCGGCUUCAAGGGGAUGUUGAAGCUGUGACCGACUCUUGGUUAGGGACUGCAUUAAAAUCUUUGCUACUGAUUCAAUCCAGAGGGAAGUGUGUAAAUGUUUUGGUCACAACAACUCAGCUGGUGCCUGCCUUGGCCAAGGUGCUCCUGUACGGACUUGGAGAAGUGUUCCCCAUCGAAAACAUUUACAGCGCCACAAAAAUAGGGAAGGAGAGCUGCUUUGAGCGAAUUGUGUCUCGCUUUGGGAAGAAGGUGACCUAUGUGGUGAUCGGAGACGGCCGUGAUGAGGAGUUUGCAGCUAAACAGCACAACAUGCCCUUUUGGAGGAUAACGAAUCACAGUGAUCUCCUAUCACUAUACCAGGCCCUGGAGCUGGACUUUUUAUAAGGAGAGAAAGGCGGGGUCCAGAACCGAGGUAUAACUAGAGGACUGUAGGUCUGGACUCGUAUAGAGGACUGUAAGUCUGGACUCCUAGACUGUAAAAGGACUGUCAAACCUGAUCCACAGAACAAGGACUAUUGGCCAGGAUUCACACACUGUCUCUAAGGAAAGCUAAUCCUGUGCUGAUCUGGUUGAAUAGACUGAAUCCUGAGGUAUGCAAUUGUCACGCCUACAGAGUGCUGGCUGUGAGAAUUACAGCUGUGAGUGUGCAGUCUGGUCCUAACACGGGACACAGCUGUAUGAGUUACAAGCUGGGUCCAGGGACCAGUGAUCCUGGUGGCGCACAUACAUUCAUUUGUACAAAAGGGAAUGCAGAUUCACACUCCUAGCUGGUCCAACCUAUGGACCCAAUCCAAUACUUGACAGACUCACCCAAAGCAUUGCCAUCAUGUCAUAGAUGGUGACUCAUGAAGCAUUGUUUCUCAUGUCAUAGAUGGUGACUCUCUAACUGUGUGUUCUACACAUGCAAACAAUACUAUACAUGCUCUUUGGAGUGGACAGUUCGGACAUCAGGCUUGUAGGGUUUUAGUAUAGACUAACAUUCAGAUCUCCAAAGGGAAUGUUCUGGUCCAUCUUAAUUACCUUAUUUUUUUUUUUUUGUUUAAUUACAGUAUAGUUGUAUCUAAUCAUGUAAGAUAGGAGUGGCCUCAUUUAACUGUUACAUUUAUAAAACAGACAUGCUGAUUUUUAUUUCAAAGUUAGAUGCAGGUGUUGAAAUAUUUCUUUUGCAUAUGGAUUUUGAGUCAUUGGGGGUUUAAUCACAUUAAACUAUCAUCAAUUAGUUUCAGUUCAGUUUUGUCAAAAUGAAGCUUGUAGUAUUUCUUGGAAUGACUCAAACUGCUAUGCGACGGGAGUCUUAUUUCCAUCCCCAAUGAGCGAUACAGGCAGGACAUCCUGCUGGGUACCUCACUGUUUCUGGUCUUUAUUGCAUUUACUUUUUUUUUUUUUUUUUUUUUUACUUUUCAACAUCUGUUACUAAAAAAGAUGAAAGUGAUCAUUGGCAAUAGACCUUUUUUUGUAUGGAUUUUCUAAUUCAACUUAAGCACAGGUCCAAGCCUUGUUCCUCAAUUUCCAGUCUGUGUUUUAGACCAGGUGUUAUACAGUUUCAGUAAUUUGCAGUGAGCACAGUCCAGGUACUUUUUCCUGUGUCUGGUUUAUAUGAAAAUGUAGAGUUCAGUUUGCAGGUGAAUUUGAGGAAUACUGUUAAUCAACAGUUCCUUACCACAGCUGGUCAUUUUGAGCAGUUUUCAUCUUGCUCAGAUCACCAGCUUUUUAAAUGAAGGUUGUUAUACUUGGUAAAAUCUUAAGACAUUUAGCAAAAAACAAAAAAACUUUCUGUGUUAACAUAGCAACGUUGUGGCUGCCACCGAGUAAGUAGACCAGCUAUAACAAUACCCCCAUGACUCAAGCUGCCAACCAGAACGUCCUUAUCCACAUGGUCAACUGUUACCACUGAGUUUCAGUCGUUUACUCCCAGCAAAUUCAGCUCUGGCCUGACUUUUAAACAGUGUACAUAUUGUCCAUGUCUUUUGAAUACAUCUAUUUUGAAAUAAGAAAUAUUAUAAAAAACUAUAGGGUUGAAGCAUAAACUUGUACUAGGCCUGAAAUGUGUUACUCCUGUCCUAACCGGGACAAACAGGAACAAGGUCUGCAGCCUCCCACACUUCCUGGCUAGAUUAUUUACCACUACAGUAUGUUUUGAUGCAAACCUCUCUUCCAGGAAAUGGGCUGAGAUCUCCCAAACUCAUUUUAAUCAAGUCAGGGAUCCAUUUUUUGAGGCCAUUAUAACCCACAAUACUGCGCUAUCUUUGCAAACUCGGAAUGCCUUGGAAUGGUAUGUAAGAUCACAGUGAGCUCAGACACAGUCCUGAAUGUGUGUUUGAGGAUAUGACGGCUACGUAUAAAAGCUUCUCAUUAACACUUUAUGAGAAUCCCGUCUAUAGGAUCGGCACAUUUUAUUUUGUUAGGGUUUUUCUUUUGUUUUUUUUUACUUGUAAAGUCAGUAAUGGGUCAGUAUCUCGGACCUUGCCGUGGUCACUAUAGGAUUGUUGACCUUUUGAGUAGUUGUGUAUUAGUUGUCAAAUGUGAAAAAAUUGAGCCUGAGCAAAUUGCAUUUUCUUACAGCAGCUUGACAUAAAGAAUGUGUAUACAACAUGUUUUGUUUGUGUGUGUGUAUAUAUAUUUAUAUAGUGCCUUUUAACCUAUGGUAACAAUAAAUCCUGUACAUGGAAACUAAAACUGGGACAGGUUCUUUAGUUUGGUUGCGUUAUUUAGUUUAGUUCAGUUCAAGUUGACUUUCGGUAAACCACACAGACUUUAAAGCUGUAGUAACAUCAGUUUAAUAGUGAGACUGAAAGAAUACAGAGCACUGAAAUGACGCCAGGUUUUUUAGUUUAUUGUCAGAAAAGCCCUGGUAUCAAAAGUUUUCAUUUAAAGUAAAAAAAAACAAAAAAAUGGAAUAAGUUGAAUGCCUGCUGUAUGCAUGCAGUUUGGACGUUAACUGGAGAACUUUCCAAAAUCCAUGCCAGGCAAAAUUGCAUCAUGUUACUAUGGUACUUUUUUAAUGUAUAUUUUACUAUGUUUGUUUUUUUCUACUUUUGUUACAAUACCUUUUAAAUUCAGAGACACAAUAUACAUUAGUCUCUUAAUGCUGGCAAAGACAAUCAGGUGUUUUCCUGUAGGUAGGUAAAUACCAUAGAGUUUGAGCAUGUGGGCGAUUAACAGGGGAAAUUCUUCUUUGUUGCUUGUGUCCAGUACAUGCAUAGCAUCACAAUACAAGGUAUAAGGCUAUUAAGUGAAUGUUGUUAAGUAAUUAUUUGUAACAUUUUGUUAUCACUGUCUAGCUAAAAAGUGAAUUAAACUGUGUCCAUCUAAGUUCUCUGAUUUGCUUGUUUCUCUGUCAAAAUACUAGUGUCUCAAUGAUCUGCAUGCUAUAGACAAUCAUAUAGAAAAGGAUUAGUGUCUCAGUGGUCUGCAUGCUAUAGACGAAUCAUAUAGAAAAGGAUUAGUGUCUCAGUGAUCUGCAUGCUAUAGACAAUCAUAUAGAAAAGGAUGUUCCCCUUAUUUAGGGACAUGCACAUUUAAAGAUGAACAAUAACAGUAAAGCAUUGCAUAGCCGUCACAGCGCCCCUUUUUAGAUGUACUGUCCUCUGUCAAAAGGGAAUGGCCAAAAUUUUUACAGGCAAAAAUAGUUUUGUGACAAAUUCUUAAAAAUAAUUGAAAUGAUGUUGUGUACCAAGGCAUUCAAACCACCUUGAGGAAAAUGGAUGUGUGUAUUGUUUGACACCUGUCUUUUUAAACUUUAACUUGUUUAAAGUACAUCUUGGGGCUAUACUGGCAAGGUUGUAUUGUGUAGAGACAGAUAUCAAGACAAAAGUAUAUAUAUAUAUUUUUUAUUGUUCCUGUUGUCAAUCGCCUACCCUGUAUCAAUGUGUGUAUCUUGUGUGUGUUUUUUUUAUAUAGUUUUCUCAAGCAAAUAAAAUAACAUUAGGUCUUGAUCAAUGCACACUGAAAGGAAAUGAUAACUUCCAUUGCAGUGUUUGUAUUCCUUAGAUACAGUACUUUGUGUUGCUAAGUGUCCUGUCUUUCCAGAUUCUAACUGUGCUAGAACUUGAGUGCAUAUGCUCCAUCUAGUGUCCUACAUGUUUAAAGACUUGAACAUCAAGCAAUUGUAAAUGGAGUAAUAGAAAGGUUGACUAAUAUUCCAGCUGUCUGCCAUCUUUAAUGUAUGCUGAAUGUUAAGCCAAUUUCCCUCCAGUGUGCAACCUGUAUUUGAACCUCGUUUAGUUUGAGAGGGCUUUAACACUUCACUCUGGAUACCAGCAUGAAUACCUUAUUGACACUAAAGAUUUAUUUUUGGAAACCUCACUGCUGCACAGUGCUGUACAUUCUCUAAUAUACAUUGUGUCUUCUCGACAAUGAAUAUGGCCUUAAUAUAUUAAGAAUAUAACACUGCACACAUUUGCAGCAGUUCAUUCUCAGAAUUGAGAAUUAACACAUCAAUGGAAGGCAGGUAGCAUUGAUUCAAAAGACAACGCACCAUUCUGCUGCACACAAUUAUAAAAAUACACAGUUUCUCCUGUGCAUCAAUCCUGUGACUUUGUGUCUUACAUUUUUAGCACAUGUGUUUAUUUCCCUCCCAUGGUCUACCAAUAUACAACUAAAUCAAACAAAACAUAAUGGUAAGCUGUAAUACAUUUUGAUGAAUAGGAUUCACCUUGAACCGAUAAAUAAUGACACACUCAAUGGCCUCCAAGUGGAUCAUUAUUAUUGGUUAUAAAAGUAGAAUGUAUUGCAUUUAAUGUGUGUGUGUUUUUUAGCUGUUGCUACACAUAUAGGAAGACUGUGUUGAUGCUUCAUCUCAUUUCUUUUAGCAAGGACUGAAAUUAACAGAAGCCUUAUAGCCAGUGUACUGAUCUUGCUAUGGGAAGUCCACUCUGUCUAAGUAUGCUUUUAAAAGACAAUGUGCUGAUUUCAUUAUUUUAUACGAAUGCACACAUGGCUAUAAUGUCCCCAGUUUAAGGAAACUCUGAUGCAACCCCAGGCUGUUAAACACAUUUCCCCUAAAUAAUAAAACCUGACAUUCAAAUGGUGUGUAAGAUUUCAGCAGUCUAAUCUGGGCUAGUAAUCAAACCUUUGUUUCUUUCUACCCUUACUUCAGAAAACUCCUGUAUUGUACAGUUUUUAUUUAUUUUUACUACUUUUUAAAAAUGUGUUUUGUCUCUUCAUUUUUGUAACGUUUACAGUAAAAUCUAAAUAUGAUA